CACGGCGUGUUGGCUUUCACAUGACGGGUAAACAUGCCAUUUAAGGCAGACCUCGCAGCAGCAGGAGCCCCAGCGCCAUCCCGUCUCCUGUGAUGUGCAUGUGCGCUCUCUCUCCGGGUUAUGGUGGCAUCGCGGGGGCCGCUCGUGAAAUGCAUGGGAGGCGGGCAGCCCGCUGACUGCUGAGCAGAGGAGAAAGGGGGAUCGCACGGGAGACAUGGCCUCUAAAGAGACAGCCGUCCCCUGCUUUGUCAGUGUGAGCAGGGAAAUGACAGACAGCCUCUGGAGGAUCAUCGACAGAUCGACGGUCAAGUUCGCCCGCGGCAUCAAGCUGGACGUCAAAAGCGGCAAGUCGGAGGACAAGAUUCUGGUUCUUACGACGUGGAGAUUCUACAUUCUGGCCGCCAAGGUCCCAACCAAGGUGGAGCUGACCUUCAACUUUUUGGAGAUUCGAGCCAUGAACGCCUACCCUGAGCAGCAGAUCGUCAUAGACACGGACAGAGCCUCCUAUUCCCUGCACCUUCAGACGCGCGAUCACCUGGACCACGUCAUGAACUACAUCAGCUUCGCUCUCUCCCGCAUCUUCAACAACUCUAUUUUCGCUCCCUCAGUCUGUCGGUCAGAAGAUGACCUGUCCAGCGGGAGCCAAAAAUUCUCACCCAGCUCAGAAACAUCUGUGGAGACGCAGAGAGCCUGUGGGGGGUUUUCGGAGACGUAUGCGGCUCUCUGUGACUACAAUGGAAUCAUCUGCAAGGAGGAGGUCCAGUGGGAUGUAGAUACCAUCUACCACUCACAAGAUAACAGGGAGUUCAAUCUGCUGGACUUCAGUCAUCUAGAGACCAGGGACCUUGCAGUGAUUGUAGCCUCCAUGGCAUACAACACGUGGUUCACCAAGCUCUACUGCAAGGACAUGCGCAUCGGCUCCGAGGUUGUGGAACAGGUCCUCCAUACCCUCAGCAAAUCCAGCAGCCUGGAGGAGCUCACCCUGGAGAAUGUGGGCCUCAAAUCGGACUUUCCCCAGAAGCUGUCUCUAGCGCUCUCGGAGAACCCCUCCUCCAGCAUCCACUCCCUCAACCUGGCGUUUAACACACUGGACAACCAGGGAGUCUCCAACCUCAUUCAGCAGGUCUGCCGCCUCAGCAAAGGCCUCCGUUUGCUAAACCUGUCCAAGACCUCGCUCUCCUCUAAGGGAGUGGUGUCCCUCUCUCAGGCUCUCUGCUCCACGGAUGAGUACUCCAACUCGCUCCUGCACCUGGACCUCAGCAGGAACCCAGGGGUGCUGUCCGGAGAGGAUGCCUCGAACCUGUACCUCUUCCUGUCCCAGCCCAACUGCCUGGUCCAUUUGGAUCUGUCCGCCACAGACUGCGCCGUAGACUCGCUGUUUGGGCCUCUGCUCCAGGGAUGCUGUGCUGAUCUCUCCUACCUGAACCUCUCUAAAAACUUCUUCUCUCACAGGAAGGGGAAGGAGGCCCUUCCCACGUUCCGGCAGUUCUUCAGCUCAGCCUUCAGCCUCACACAUAUCAGUCUGGCCUCCAUGAAGCUCCCGCCUGAGGCCCUGAGGGCUCUGUUCCUCGGACUGUGCUCCAACCCCCACAUUAACGACCUGCACCUGGACGUCAGCGGCUGUGAGCUCAGAUCGGCUGGAGCGGCAGUAAUUCAAGAGCUGCUGCCGGGGGUCUCCUCCAUCGCCACCCUGGACAUCUCUGACAAUGGCUUGGAUGCGGACCUGCUUGCUGUCCUAUCAGCCUUGUCCCGGCACCCUUCGAUCAAGCACCUCUUCCUGGGAAAAAACUUCAACAUCAAGAACAGGGUCCUGGAUGAAGUUCUGCAGAACCUGGUUCAGCUCAUUCAGGAAGAAGAGUGUGGGCUGCUGUCGCUCUCGCUGGCGGACUCCCGCCUCCGCUCGAGGGGCACCGUGCUGGUGAACGCCCUGGGCAGCAACACCUGCCUCCGCAAGGUGGACCUGAGUGGGAACAGCCUGGAGGACAUGGGGGCCAAGAUGCUGGGGAAGGCCCUGCAAAUCAACACCACACUCAGGAGCGUGACAUGGGACCGUAACAGCACCACGGCCACGGGACUCCUGGACAUCGCUCGAGCCUUGGAACAUAACUUCACCCUGCAGUACAUGCCCCUCCCCCUCAGUGAUGUCACCCAGGCGUACCGCAGCAGCCCUGACAAGACAGAGCAGGCCCUGGCCAAGAUCCAGAGGGCGCUGCUGAGGAACAACCAGACGCAGCGCUUCUCUCAGCGUCAGGCGCUGCGCCUCCACCAGGGACUGGUCACCAGCACGGCCGAGCAGGUGAUGGAGCGCCUGUGCGUGCGUGUGCAGCAGCAGCUGUGCGUGCUGAGGGGGGCGGGCCGGGGGGAGGAGCUUCAGUCGGGCAAGCAGGUGCUGAAGGAGGCCCGUAACUCACGCGCGCUCUAUCCCUCCCUCUGUGAGCUGGCCCACGUCCUAUCAGUAGAUGGGCCGGUCCGUCAGAAACUGGACUCACUGGCUGGGGAGCUGGCCAGGGCAGCCGACAAAGAGUUGCAGGUGAUCGUGGACUCCAUGGUGUCCCUGUGCCGUGAGUUGUGCCCGUUGUCCUCCGGGGCUGCCGAGCGCCUGACCCCGCCCCUGUCCUCCGUCGCCGAGCGAGUGUCAGUUCCCCGCUCCGCCAUCCGCAGCGCCCUGAUGGAGAGAGCGGCGCUGGACAUCCACCGAGCGAUGGAGGAGGUGAAGCUGUCUGUGGUCUCCUACCUAACAAACUCCAUAGUAGAUCAGAUUCUUCAAGACCUGUACGCCACACACAAGACCUUGAGCCACCAAGUGGCUCAGGUGAGGAACUGCGAUGAAGAUGGGGAGCCAGGAGUGGGCCGGUGCCCCCACAAACACCGUGACUCCUUAGACAUCACCGACGAGGACCUGGGACCCAGCAUAGACACACUAGCGAUCAAGAAGAGGAGCGGCAGGACCAGGCGGAUCCGUCCCGUGUCCACCAGGCUCAGUCUCUGCGAUGAUUCCAGUUCCUCAACCCCACCCUCUGCACCGCCCCUAUCAUCUCCUCUAUCCAGCUCAGCAUCAUGGGAAUGCCUUGCUACUUUGCCUACCCAGGGUGCACCGCUACAUCAUGUGACCCGAGUCAGGCCAAGGCCACCACGGAGACACCGGGGAGGACACGGCCCCUUGUACUCGCACUGUACGGAGAAUGGUGUGGCCACGCCCCUCGACGACGGACUCCCGGAUUUUUACACCAAAAGAGUGUUGCCAGACAGUCAACUGUCAUCAAUUCACAAGGCCCAAUCCCUAAGGAGAAAGAAGCGGCGGAACAUGCUGGCCAUCUUCAACUUCCGCAGGCACCGCCACUCUGCACUGGCCAAUCAGAGCACAGAUUUGAGUGUAUGGGGCGGAGCUUGUGGGGACGAGUGUCGGACAGUGGCCACAGCGCCCACUGGCAUCGCCACGGAAAACGUGUACACGCUGCUUCAGCCUCCGAGGCAGCCUGAGCUGGUCGGCGAGGGUACUGACGUGAAGCUGGGAAUCCAGAGGGGGGAGGAUCCGUGUGGCUCCACAGAGGGAAGCCGACCUCUGUUCCUAUCCUUCAAACCGCGGUCUGAAUCAGGCCAGGAAAAUGAGAGGCCAACACAGAGAAAGGCAGAGCCAGAAUCAGUGACAGAAAGGCAGUCAGUGGCCGACAAACAGACACUUAAACACGCAGAAGUGGAUCAAGCAACGGACAAGCAGAGAACAACACACAGAAGGUCGCAUAAGUGGACGAGGAAAGAUACAAUGUCAGACAGACAUUUAGGAACAGAGAGACAGUCAUUUGAACAAGCAGAGGUGGACCCGGUGAAGGAUGAGCAGCUUAAGACGGACAGACGGACACCUAGAGAGGGGACAUCAGAUCUAACAAUGGAGAAGCAGCAGGGCACAGAGAAGCAGCUACAGGGCGUGGAAGUGGUGGACAAAAUAAGAGACACACAGACAGGUCGGGAGACACAGGCACGGGUGGAACCAUCAACAGACAAAGAAACAGGGGCUGAGAGACAGAGACAGACGCAGAGACAGCCAGGCAUGGGACCUACAGUGGACCGGCAGCCAGGCACAAAGACACAAAGACAAAUAGAGGUCAUCUUAACAAUGGAGAGACGGCCAGGAAUGGGGAGACAGUCACAUAAGCAGGAAAGUUCAGACAUGCAGACAGAAGCAGACAGACAGAUACAUCAUGGACAAUCAGGAGCUGAUGGUAGAAUGGAGAGACAGCUGGGAAUAAAUACACUGAGAGAUUGGGAGGGACUGGCAGAGAAGCCAGCAGACAGGCUAACAUCCCACCGGGUGGAAAAACACUUGGUGUCCAUGAUGACAGACACACUAGACAGACAUAAGGACAUACAGAAAGGGGUACACAUGCAGACAGACAGACAAAGCAUGACAGACAUACAGAUGUAUAUGCAGACAGAUGCAGAAAGACAGGCAGACAGGCAGACGGUUUCUAUGGCACAGGUGAACAGGGUGACACUUUCUCUUACUCAUUCAGGCAAACCCAAAGCCCCAGAGGCAUUAGGGUGGACAGGGGCAGAAGGACAGGCAGACAGGCAGAUGGUUCCAGAAAGGGAGACAGCCAGGCAGAUGGUGCCAGAAAAACAGACUGACAGCCAUGCAGUGCCUGAAAGACAGAUGGACAGGGAAGCAGUGCCAGAAAGACAAACAGACAGACAGACAAUGUCAGAAAGGCAGAGAGACAGGCAGACGGUGCCAGAAAGACAAACAGACAGACAGACAAUGUCAACAGAUGGGCAGAUGGGUUUUGUUACACAGACAGACAGACAGGCUGCAUUAGAUGCACAUACAUACAGACAAACCCUAUCAGAAAGACAGACAGAUGGGCAGAUGGGUUUGGUUAUGCAGACAGACAGACAGGCUGCAUCAGACUCAUAUACACGCAGACGAACCCUGUCAGAGAGACAGGCAGAUGGGCAGUUGAGUUUGGUUAUGCAGACAGACAGACAGGCUGCAUCAGACUCAUAUACACACAGACGGACCCUAUCAGAAAGGCAGACAGAUGGGCAGAUGGGUUUUGUUACACAGACAGACAGACAGGCUGCAUUAGAUACACAUACAUAUAGGCAGACCCUAUCAGAAAGACAGACAGAUGGGCAGAUGAGUUUGGUUAUGCAGACAGACAGACAGGCUGUGUCAGACUCAUAUGCACACAGACGGACCCUGUCAGAGAGACAGACAGAUGGGCAGAUGAGUUUGGUUAUGCAGACAGACAGACAGGCUGUGUCAGACUCAUAUGCACACAGACGGACCCUGUCAGACAGACAGACAGAUGUGCAGAUGGGUUUUGUGAUGCAGACAGACAGACAGGCUGCAGCAGACAGACGUACAUACAGACGGACCCUGUCAGAAAGGCAAACGGAUGCACAAAUGGGUUUGGUUAUGCAGACAGACAGACAGGCAGCAUCAGAUAGACAUACAUACCGACAAACACUGUCAGAAAGGCAGAUUGAUGCACAGAUGGGUUUGCUGAUGCAGACAGACAGACAGGUUGCAUCAGACACACACACAUACAGACGGACCCAACCAGAAAGACAGACAGAUGCGCAGGUAGGUUUAUUUAAGCAGGCAGACAGACAGGCUGCAUCAGAUACAUAUACGUACAGACGGACCCCAUCAGACAGACAGACAGAUGCCCAGAUGGGUGUAGUCAUAUGGGCAGACAGCCAGGCACCAUUGGACACUCAGCUGCAAAGAAGGGCAGUUUCAGAAAGACAUGCAGAUAGACAGAUGGUGUUGGUAACGCCAGCAGACCAGCAAGCUACCCAGGACCUGCAGAUGAGUAAGCAGACACCUGCAUUCACCCAGAUGGAAAGACAAGCAAAUUUCCAUCCUUUGGGAGAAAGGAGGAAGACUGGAGAAAGUCUGGAGGGACCAGUCCCAUAUGGGGUAAAACCAGACCCCCCUCCUCAGAGCAGCAAGCCCAGCCUGGCAAAACUGAGACAGCGCCGUCUACAGGAAAGCCCCGGUGUUGAAGAGGAGGCCAACGUGAACGGUGAGAGGGAAGAGCAACGAAAAGACAUAAGAGGCAAAGACGAGGAUGCCGACAAGGGAAGGACAGGGGUACGGCCUUCUCCUGUCCCCGAAAAGCCAGUCACGCCCACUGCAACUGAGAUGGCCAAUGAGAGAAAGGUCCCGCACUCCUCUACCAAGCUUGGCCCUGACGUGUCGAUCCCCCAAGGGGAGACAUUCAUUAGACCUGCAGCACCUGUAAAGCCACAGAGGAACAGGAAAUUACUUUCCAUUGACACAGGCACUGACCGGGACAGCCCCGGUAAUGCAGAGAGGCCCCCGAACCGCAAACCCCCUGUGAAAAAACCCAGGCUCCCCCAGAACAGGGCCAAAUCGCAGGAGCUCCUUGGCUAUGAAAACGCAGUGCCUGGAAGCAGUGCCCCAAAAUGAACCGUGGAGCUCACCUGGUGCUGCAGGGGGACAGUGUUGCCAAGACAACUCUGGGAUGCUCUGCUCAGUGUGGACAAAGGCGUUAAUAGGAGAGGCGGAUGGUGUAAUGGAAACGAGAGCUGUUCAGUGUGGAUGCGACGAACACCGUUUUGUGAACUGCUGGAUAGUAAAUCCACAAACACGUAUAUCCACCCGCCAACACACUACACCCCAGCCUACAAAGUAGUUACUCCACUCACCACGCCCCCAAAUGCGUUGUUUUUAACGUUUUUCUCUAUAGGGACUCACAAAACCGCAAACUGUGUACGCCGCUGUUCAUUUUCUUUCGCUAGUUGCUGAGGCUUCAAUCAUUAUUAUGAUUCAGAUUAUUAUUAUGAUGAUGAUUAUUAUUAUUAUUACUAUUUGUUGUUGCUGUUGCUUUUUUGUAUGAUUAUGGCAAAAUGACCAUCAUACUUUAAUCUGUGUUUUAACCGUUAGCUUUAUAUGGUUGUGGAUACUUGUUAAAUGAAAUCAAAAGCUAUUUAUACCCCUUUCUGCUGCCCUUCACUGAAAUGUGAUAUAUUUUAUAAGAAAAAUCCUCUAAGAAUAUAUUAAUUAAUAAAGAAAUAUGCUGAGAGAACUAAA